AAAACUGCGCAUGUGCAUUGGAUACAGCUACUAAUCCUGUGCAGCAUAGCCACAUAGAUAGUACUAUUUCACUCCAGCACAAUGGAAGAGCUGGCUAUGCGACUAGAAUCAGAGAACAAGGCUCUCAAGAGAGAGAUUGCUGAGUUAAAGAACUCCUGUGUGCACCGCAGCGAGCUGGAUGAAUUGAAACAAGAUCUGGAUCGACUCAAGAAAUCCUCUCCUGAUAGUUUUGGAUGUUCUCCUGGUAUCUACUCACGAGUCAAGACAGUCAAGAAAGGUCGUCCCCAGUCACUACACGAGGUAACACAAGCAAUGCAGGACCAGCUAGCCAAACCUCCACUCAUCAGAGAAUGCUCUUGUGGUUCACUACCUCCCUUCUAUUUCACUGUGGAGAACUAUGCUCAUCAUAAGAAACAUUCUCUCAAAUGGUACAGUUCACCAUUCUAUAGUUGUCCAGGAGGGUAUAAGAUGUGUGUGGGAGUUAGUGCUGGUGGCUGUGGUGUGGGAGAAGGCACUCAUGUCUCUGUACUCGUUCACUUCUUAAGAGGAGAGUUUGACACUUCUCUACAGUGGCCAUUUCGAGGGACAUUGGCCAUUCACUUGCUCAAUGAACGGCGAGACGGAUCUCAUCAUUGCCAUGAGGUGGUGUUUGGUAAAGAUGUGCCUGUGAUGCAGUCUGGAUGUGUGAGCGGAGGCUUUGAGAAGACCCUGGGUUAUGGACUACCAUUGUUCAUUGAUCAUGCUCAGUUGUCCUAUAACCCGACACUGGAUUGUGAGUAUCUCAAGCAUGACAGACUACGCUUUGUAUUAGAUAUUGUGAAACUUGACAGUUAAUUGUUUGUACAACUUGUGUAUCACUUGAAUUCACAUCAUUCAUCAGUUUAUGGUUGUUUUUGUGCAAAGAAUGUGUUGAUAUUGAAA